AUGCCUUCCCAAAAACCAGAUCUUCCCCCUUUGAAGACUCCCAAGUCAUUUUCCUUUCCUUCCGAAAUUCAAGAUGACCCCAAAGUUCUCAGUGUUGUCGAUGUUGAGAUCAAACGCGAAGAUGGUAGCGACAGCGCGACAUCCUCUAUCCCAACACCAUCGGCCUAUACCGACUUUCUCAAUGCCCUCACACCCGUUUACAAUAGUCCCACGAGCGCUGGAGGGAGUUUUCCCAAGUUCAAGUUCGAAACAUGUGGCCCUUCCCCCACAUCGCAGCCUUCAUCUGCGAUAAGUCCCGCUUUCUCUUCGGCGCCAUCCUUAAAAUCACCGGCUAUCUCUCUUCCACCGCAAUCACCCUGUAGUGUCAAAUCAUCCAAGCCAACUCCCGCGCUCAGGAGAUUGCGUAUUCCACAGUCGAUUAAAACAUUUGGCAUCAGCUCCCCGCGCGCUGCAACCCCACUGACCACGACCCCAUUGAGUGCCACGCCGCGCAGUGCUGCCACUCUAUAUUCGCCAUUUUCACCAUCAGACUGGAAAAUUCGCUAUUUUGAGACGCCUAGGAGUGCGACAACAGCCAAGUCUGUGAGCGUUCGACAAGUGGUUACACGCACAAUUACAUAUAAGCGAACGCCGCUCGAUCCUCCUCCCAAAGGAAAGCGACGCAAGACUCAAGACUGCAAGGAUCAUUGCAAAGAGCUUUGUAAGGAGCCAUACAAAGAAACUUUGCAACCCAUUUGCAAAGAAGCUUGA